AUGGGAGAGUUUGGUAGCGGCAAUGGCGAUGGCUUUCUCUGUCUGAGACGUGGCCAUAGUUACGACACUACCUCAGAAUUAAAAGCUCGACCUUUUAACAAGGCAGCUGCUGAAACAUCACUAGGGAUGUCAAUGGGCCAGGUCGUGUCGGGUACCUACGUACCGUGGGCAUAUGAGCAUUUCUCUAGCGAGAAGGGCGAGGGCAGUCCCGGAAAUCCCCUCCAUCUUCACUGCCAGGACCGAGCGGCUCAACCGCAGGUAAGGGUUGGAGCUGAAGGAGGCGGGAUCUCUCUAGCUGGGACUGGUUGGGAUCAAAGAGCUUUAGAUAUUGCUCAAGAAUUUUUACCUGUAAUGUUGAUGUCUUUGGAAAAAUAUCCUUAUAGCUCUCCUACUUUGACGGACAUUGAAGAUAUCACAACAACAUACCAAGGUCGGCUUGCUGAAGCCGAAGCUACUGGAUCCAUUCCCGUAAACAUAUAUCUCAACUUGUCUUCAAUUGAAAUAGGACUUGCCUCUUGCACGGUCUUAACAAUGUCUUUAAACACGUGUCUAAGGUUCCUCGCCCAGCGUCGGGAGGGUCUUCCAAAUCCCAGAAGAACCCUUUACUUAUGAAUGCCCUCUUGAUAAAGUUUCAACUCACCCUUGCUCUUUGUAUUUUUGUGCACUUAACGUGUGGCAGUUAUAUGUUGUAGCUUCACCUGAUUAUAUGUUGUUUGUGAGCACCAAAAUGAUUAAUAUGACGGUGGAACUUAUCAGCAUAUCCAAAUGUUUUUCCUAUAAUUGCCAAACAAUAAAUACAUUUUAACUAAUCCUGGUGGUUGCAUUACAGAGACCUCUAUGAUAGAGAAGGAUUCGAAUCCCCGAUAUUCUUAUUGAUACUUCACCUUUGAAGACUGACUCUUUCAACUGCUCAAACAUCCAUCUUCUUCACGCUUUGUAGUACGCGCUAUCUAUCCGCACACGGCAGGUAGCUGGCUACAGUAUGAGGCUAAGUUUUCUCACCUUCUUUUUGUUUGAUUUUUUUAUUUUUUUUUUUCUUUUGUGGACUGAAUUGAAGGGAUAGGUGUGUGGUGAAGAAAAAAGAAACAGAAAAAGAGAAAGACGAUAUAUAUUGUAUUUGAAUUAAUCCAGCUAAUAUAAUUUGUUGCGAGCAGUUUGGACACGUAAUCCAAUAUCAUGUGGAAUUUUUAUUAUUUUUUGAAUGAUCCAUGAUACACAACUAUGUCAAUGCAUUUUUCCUAUGACCACUUAUGGCUAUGCCUUUGUGUUAUAAAGAUACAUUAAUUUACUGAAUGUUUUGGUUUCAAAUGGAAUAUUUAUUAUACUUUUUUUUUUAAUAUUUGUUACUUUGGAAUUUAGGGUAAUCCUUGCUCUUUCUAGGUGGAUAAAGAAUGAGGAAAGUUGCAGGUUUUUGAAAUGCAUAACUAGCAGCAAUUUGGGCAAACAUACGUUAGAACUAUAAGUCUUAUAUCAAGGAAGAAGGUGUUUUUACUAAUUGCAUUAUUUCGUGCACCCUCAUUAACUCGAUGGGGUAUGCUAAAACAAAUUUAGUAUUUUGUGCGUUUUUUAAUUUUUUGUCUAUUUUAAUUAUUUAGUGACGCCUUGUAUGUUAUGAGAAGACAGUCGAUUGGGCCAAAUGAAAAAAUGGACAACUACGUCCGCCGGAAAACGAAAAAUAGUAAUGUCAAUCUUAAUCAAAAUGUCUUAUGCUUGAUGAUAUUUAUUGUCCUAUUUUGGGUUCUUUUGUUAUUCUUGUAUAGUUGAUUGGUGGGUUGUAGUGCAUUCAGGGGGAUGCAAUUGAUCGUUAUUUUUUUUAACAUUGUACUGAGGUCAUCUUUAUGCGAUAAAAAGUGGAUAUUCAAUUUUUCCGGUGGAUGUGUCUUGAUGUUUAUAAUCGGCAAUGGCAAUGGAGGAUUUGUUUGGCUACAUACGUGGCUCCACUUGAAGAUUAUAAGGUAAUGAAAAGUAAAUCCACAUUGGGAGUGUGAGCUUCAUAUUUGUUGAACUUUGCAUCUUUGAAGCUGACAGAGUAACAAACUUCCUUUAUGGAAUGUAGAUGUCUAUAACUUUUGUAUAUAUAUAAACUUCAUCUCUAGAUGGCAAUAAUUUGGAGCAUUUACUAAAUGUUUGAUAUUAAUUGGAAUGGCAUGUGAUGUUUGUUUUAUUUUAUAAGAUUUUAAUAGUCAUUCUUUCUGUAGAUAACUCAUAUUUCAUUCUAUUUGUUUUCUUUGAACAUAAUUCACAUAUUACAAGUGCAUUCAAAUGUUCAUGAUAUUACAUAUCAAAUGUAUAUUUAGAAUAAUUAACGUGGGCCGAUAGUAUAUAAUGUAAAUUAGGGAAUAGGGAUUAGGUUUGAGAAAAGAGAAAUUUCUGUCCCUUUGCAUCUCGCUCUCGCACAGCCACAACCGCCCCAUCCCUACUCACUCCAUCACUCGUCGCCUCUCUCUCACAGUCGCUCUCUCCGGCCGUCCGGCGUCUUGAGCCUCUCGACACAGUACACACUCGCGAAGUCCGACAAAGCCUCUUCUUCGCGCCUCGACCGCUCGACGCCUCACCUCCGAAGUCCGACCCAAAAGCUCCGGCCGCUCCUCGCCUUGCCUCUAAGACCCGCCUCACCUCCGAGGCUCCGACAUAAAGGAUGGCUGACCAUCACUGAGAACAAAAAGUAGGAGUGGAUUAGUACGAGUUAUUGGACGGGAGAAUAAACAGCUUCAGAAUUGAAGAAGUUCGAGAAUUUGAAAAAUGUUGCAGUGCAUAUUUCUCCUAUCAGAUUCAGGGGAAGUGAUGUUGGAAAAACAGCUCACGGGUCACCGGGUCGAUCGCUCCAUAUGUGCAUGGUUCUGGGACCAAGUACAUACUCAAGGAGAUUCUUUGAAGAGCGUGCCUGUUAUUGCUUCACCGACCCACUAUCUGUUCCAAGUGAUCCGUGAGGGAAUAACGUUUUUGGCUUGCACCCAAGUUGAGAUGCCACCUUUAAUGGCUAUUGAGGGUAGCUGAUGUUCUUACAGAUUAUUUGGAUGGCCUGAAUGAGGAUCUGAUUAAGGAUAAUUUUGUUAUCGUUUACGAGUUGCUGGAUGAGAUGAUAGACAAUGGCUUCCCUCUAACAACGGAACCUAGUAUAUUAAGGGAAAUGCUAGCUCCUUCUAAUAUUGUUAGUAAGGUUUUGAGUGUUGUCACUGGUAAUUCAUCCAAUGUGAGCAAUACUUUUCCAGGUGCCACAUCAUCAUGUGUUCCAUGGAGAAAGACUGACCUUAAGCACUCAAGCAAUGAUGUUUAUGUCGAUCUUGUCGAAGAAAUGGAUGCUACUAUAAACAGAGAUGGGGCUCUGGUAAAAUGCGAGAUAUAUGGUGAAGUUCAAGUAAAUUCUCACCUAUCAGGUCUACCCGAUCUCACACUAUCGUUCGCCAAUCCUUCAGUUCUUAAUGACGUGAGGUUUCACCCUGGUGUUCGACUUCGGCCUUGGGAGUCAAAUCAGAUCUUAUCUUUUGUGCCGCCUGAUGGGCAAUUUAAGCUCAUGAGUUACAGAUUGAAAAAGCUGAAGAAUAUUCCGAUUUAUGUGAAGCCGCAACUGACGUUCGACUCAGGGAUUUGCCGUAUAAGCAUAUUGGUGGGAAUACGAAAUGAUCCUGGAAAGUCAAUUGACACUUUAACAGUUCAAUUCCAACUACCGCCUUCUGUUGUGUCGUCUGAUCUUUCUUCUUAAUUGUGGACCAGUAAAUGUUCUUGCUGAUAAGACAUGUUUGUGGACGAUUGGGAAAAUCCCAAAAGAUAAAGCUCCUUCAAUGUCUGGAACCUUGGUGCUUGAGAGUGGCAUGGAGAAACUUCAUAUAUUUCCCACUUUUAUAGUGGGUUUUAGAAUUAUGGGUGUGGCCCUAUCCGGCUUAAAAAUCGAAAAAUUGGAUAUACUAAAUUUGCCCACGCGUUCAUAUAAAGGCUUUCGAGCUCUCACCAGAGCUGGUGAAUUUCAAGUGAGAUCAUGAGCUUUUGUGUUAAAGAAGGCGAAUAUGCAUUGAGGACAUAACUAUUUUGUUUCGAGAUUGGUGUUUUGCCUUGUUGAUGUUGUGUAUUUAUCGUAGUGCGUUGGAACAGUACGUUUUGAUGCGUUUGAAUUUGUGCUUUCCUGCUGCAUUUGAAUUUGUUCUUUAACUCUCUUCUGUAACUGUGGACAAGAAGUAAAUGUAAUUUUGAAUGACACAUUUGAAGGAAAUGGAGUGAUUUGCUGCUA